AGAGAUGCCACCAGGGCGUUCGCCACCGGGGAUUUCACCCAGGCCGGACUGGUGGACGACGUCUCGGCGCUGUCACCGGGCGAGAUGCUCGCCAUCCGGAGCUGGCUCUCCUUCUAUGGCGACAGCUACCAUCCCGUGGGGAAGCUGGUGGGCAGAUUCUAUGAUGAAAAUGGGGCACCGACAGAAGCCUUGAGGCAGGCCGAGGCUGCGAUUGAGGAAGCUCUGAAGUUCCAAGCAGAAAGCGAGCAGAGGAGGCAGCAGUUUCCACCCUGCAACUCGGAAUGGAGCUCUACUAAGGGCAGCCGAUUCUGGUGCUCCAGACAGAG